AUGGCAGGUGGCGUUAAGAAUGAGAAUGCAAUUAUAUAUUCUUUCAUAAUUAUAGUACUCAUACUAGUCGACGCUUCAACAAUAUUUAAACACAAUCGUGGUUCCCAUGUAGAAAUAUCGGACAUAUUCGGUGAAAGAUUGGCAGACCCAAAAUCUAUGGGUCAGAUUAAAAGGGACACAAGUCUUAGCUAUGCAGCUACGAACAUAGAUUCCAAGGAAGGAACACGUGUGAAAACCAUUACCGUAAUUAAAAAUCACAGUGGUAAAAAUAAUGGGAAAUUAGUAAUUAAUCCAGAGUUCCAUAAGAAUGAAGAAUGGGCUAACGCGUUUAGAGAUAACUUUGAUACCUACGGCGGUAUACCGGAUGUGCCAGGUAUAGAUGACCUGUUCGAUUUUGUGAAAAAGAAAAGUAAAGAUGAUGAUGGUAAAAAAGGAGCACCCAACCCAAAGUCCAAAGAAAUAGGGAAAAAAGAGUUUACAAAGCCCGUUGAUGAACCCUCCUCGGAAAUUGAAAUCACUACACCCCCAGUGCAAAAGAUUAAAGGCGAUGCUGAAUUAGUACCAGGAUUAAAAAAGAAUCAAACUAGCGCACGUUCACAGUCGCUGGGAUUGGAUAAGGUUAAAACACGAGAGCCAUUAUCCAAUUCAAAUUAUACCUCCUCAGAAGAAUCCGGUGACAUAUUUUUUGAAAAAUAUAUACAGGAGAUCCCCAAAGGCUAUGAUUAUCCCAAACCUUGUCCACAAGGAGGAAAAAGUGUCGUUAGUAUUACGAAUCCUUCUUCAGGACGCACAUACGAUAUACCAGUGGAAGAAGACUCACCAGCCACACCGUACAUUGCACCAUCAAUAAACAAAAAAAACCAAUUGCCAGGAUUGCAAUCGCUGCAGAAUAAUACGCAAAGCGUUGCAUCUACUUUUGUGCGACCGAAUUUUUCAGUUAACUCCAUUUUACCACCACUUCAGACGAAUUCGGCAACAACUCAGGAUUCACUGCAACCGCUGAAUACUGUAAAUUCACAAACACAAAUUACACAACAACAAGGAGGAGGCAUCUACACCAGUCAACGUCCGUAUGUUGCGCCCAAUAUACGAAACAGCGUCAAUACAAAUAUUGCAUCUACGCUUCGGCCGUUAUAUAGAAAUGAUAUAGCUACUUAUCGUGGAAGCUCAUUUCUGUUGGGUCCAAAGAGGGUGAAUGUGGCAAGAUCACGUGGCUUGAAAUACUGA